CGGCAGUUCGGUGCGAUGCUCCAGCCGGGAGUCAACAAGUUCUCUCUGCGGAUGUUGGGGAGCGAGAGGGCCGUGGAGCACGAGAGGGAACGCGUCAAGUCUGCCGGUUUCUGGAUUAUACACCCAUACAGCGAUUUUAGUGGAUACAGCAGCAGCAGACGCGCUGGGCUCGCCGGCACGUUCGUACGAUGGCGCACCUGAGCCUCAGUACAGGUGUAUGUUCAGCCACUGAGCUCUUUGCAGGCUGUUGUGCUUCAGCUGCGGUCUGGCAACAAGAGAUAAGUAUCUCCAGUACAAAUGUGAUCCCUUUUUUUUCAGCUGUCCUGAUUGAUCUAAGCUCCUUUCACAAUUUUAAGCUUUUUUUGUGUUCACUUUGCUCAUAACUCCGCUCUCUUUGUGCUCUCAUGCUCUUUAACCGAGUUGCACUCUGACCCAAAUUGUGCAAGAUUCCUCUCUGAAGUGGCGCGCAAGUCCCCACAACUGCAAACUUUAUUUUGAUGUGGCAGAUUGCACUAGCGAGUUGCCUGAUCUUUGAGGGUCGAAUGCUGCGUGCACAGUCAGCAUUCGGGAGGGUCUGCAAAGGGGGACGUAAUGCACUGUCCCCUGCACGCUUUUUUUUUUUUUUUUGUGGUCCAGCUGUUCCGAUGUUCUGCAGCACAGUGACGUGUGCAGAGCUGUAAUGCUAACUACUCAACAUCUGGCUGAUGGGAGCUGACUUCUGGAGAUGACAUGGAUUCCCAGGAGAUAACGGUGGAUUUAGCCAGAGAGGGGAUGAGCAAUUAGGACCACUGUGUCACCGCAGAGACAACAGGCAGAUGAAGAGAGCAAUACAAAUGCUUUGUUUGACAGAUGACAGCAAAAAUGUGUAACGGAAAGAGGACCGAUCUCAUCUUCUUGUGCAUUAAUUAGAGCAUUCACAAGACAAAGAAGUAGCAAAAAGAACAAAAGAUUAUCAUGAACCAUUCAUUUAGGGCACAUUGUCUUUUGUGGUUUUCUGAUAUUCUCCAUGGUUGUUUAUCAAUCAUAGGAGAUGAUGCCACCUGGCACUUCCAUUCACACUUGGAGUCUUCAAUUAACCCAACAUGCAUGACUUUGGAAUGUGGGAGAAAGCCAGAGAGGUGCACCUGCAGAAAAGACCACGCCAAGACCCAAACCUUGGAUCCUUUUGACUAUGUAACCAAACGCUCCACCUUGCCUGAUUUGUCCCAACAAUAUGACAAUUUAUACCUAUAUUUUCACGACUGUCACAUUUUGUAUACACACCUCAAACACGACUCGUUGUAUUUGAUUUCAUCGCAUUUUCAUUGUUGGCGGUGGAUGGCUAUGUGACAGUUGUGUUAAUUGACCUAUAUUGGCUUAUAAGUGGUCUGAGCCCUCGCAAUUAACGGAAUCAAACGUAAUUCAUAUCAGAUCACCCUUAUAAUACAACCAGUGCUUACUACUUAAUACAGCAUUAUUGAAAGGCAGUGACCCUAUAGGUCUUAGUCAUUAUAUUAUCAUCCUCAUCACGGAUCGAUUUGCUGCCAUCAUAAGCCAUCUCCUCAUUCCAAGCUGCUCACAUUUAAUCAGUAAUGGAUUCCAUUAAUUACACUUGUUGACAAGAAGGUGAAAGCCUCAUUUAAUCAGCUCUGUUUUAUAGCCAAUCCUCCACUGAUCAAUUUUCAUCCCUCUUGAAACAAGUCCGUCGUUUGGUUACAGUGUGAUGAUGCGCGCUCACAUGUCACAAGUACCUUCAGGGGUCCGUCUGCAGAGGCUGUUGAUUUGCGCUACUGAUGCUGGCGCUGGUGCGCAGGUGUGUCAGGCUGCCGGCUGAUCGAUUCGAGGUUAAUUAGUUCUCUGAGAUGGAUUGUGCGUGCGAUCACACACUCAAGAUUGUAUUCAGUAGGAGUUUUUACGAGGCUUGGCUGUGAACCACUGGAGUGAUUAUUGCUGUGCUUAGUGCCGUAUUUGGAUUGAAAUCACUCUGUGGGAGACUUUUAGAAAAGGGCCGUCAUGCAUCAGCUACUUCAAGGGGAAAUUUAAUGCAGCAUGCAAAAACAAAGGCGAUGUAGAUAUGAUGACCGAAAUCAAUUUGUCACGCAGCUAAAGAUGGAACAGAGCGCACCGGUACUGAUUCCCGAGCAUUGAGUCAGGUGUGGAAAUCGAUAUCUUCUUAUGAGCAAAUCAGAUGGGCUUUUAGUCUCCCUCCUUGUGCCCUGAAGCACAACGUUGAACAGAAAUAGAGACAGCGUGUUCUCAGAGAUGCUCAGGGGAAAAAAAAUCUUGCAGAAGUUUAGCACAGUUCUACAUUGAAGCUGUAAUAUUUAACCUUAACAUGUGCAUCACUUCACCAGCGCGAGCUUUGUGGGUAUGUGCAAAACACCACUGCAGCAAUGCUUAGCACAAUUCAUGAACAUUACAGAUUUUGAUAGGUCUGGGUUACUUUUGGAACAUUAUUAUUAAAAAAAAUAAGAAUCAUUUAACAGGCAAAAUCAGGCACAGGGUUGUAGCAACCAUAUCUGCGAUUCAUAAAUAUGUUCGUACUUAUUGUUCGUACUCUGCGAACAAAUUUAAAACGUCCUCAGAUCAUGCGUACAACACAAAUAAUGCAGGAUCAGCUCUCGAAAAUGCGUCAAACACACAUCUUUUACCCAAGACGCACCAUUUAUUGGAACUACAGUCCUUUAUAGAAACAAUAUUGAUAACUUUGCUGAUAAUAACUCAAACCGGGAAUUUGCUAAUGGGUUGAACGACCUAAAUAACCGUCCAAAGUUCCUGCUGCAGCUGUUUGCAUGCAGUCCAAUGUUGUCACUCAACGAGCAGGAAGUGCACUCGCAUUUCCUAGAUUUUCCAUUGCUUCAGUAUUCUUUUGAAUUCCUUACGAUAGUCUGAAUCAUAUACAUCUGUGAUUCUGCAGGUGCAAAUGUGAUGCUAAAUGGAUCUCUUCACACACACACACACACACACACUGUCGCUGGCCUGGCUGAAUUGUGACGUACUUAGGUCGGCUCAUGCAUUUUAUUUUUUUUUUGCUUACAACAAUAAUUUCAUGAAUUUUAUCAACUGCAAAUGCCACUUUACUGUGUUAUAUUUAUUCCUUACUCUGUAUUUUAACAACAUAUGCGGUGUUUGUUUAUUGUCAGCUCUGAAGUAUUUUUUGUACCGGUAUCUGUUUAGUGCCACAUCCUCUAAUUUAACUUCGCAAUCAAUUAAUAAUGAUUAACAUAAUUAUUAGGCUAUGUGUUCUCAGUUUCUGUGUUCAGCAGGCUUUGCGAUAAUACCAAUAAUUGAAACAUAGGAUAAAGAUUAAGAAAGUGAUUAAAGUUUCGGAUCCGCCAUCUACUGGGAAAAAACCUCCGUGGAUUGGCUGAGAUGCAUCAGACGGACGCCCUUUUAAAGGGGGAACAGGGGCGCGGUUUAUGCAGAUUGCGGGUCGCAGGCACGAGCCCGUCAUUGAGAAUCAAUUCUGAUUCAUUGACAUAUGCACGGUGGUGCGGGGAAAAUUGGGCCGGUAUGCAUGUGUCAUGAAUCUGACGCUGAUCUUGCGUGUACGCUCAACUCGUGCGUAGAGUGAGAACAUUUCUUUGCAUUUAAUAGCGAAUGAGGCCCAUUGAGCUCAUUGAUUUGUGUUUUAAAUGAAUAAAGAAAUAAGAAAUAAUAAAUCCCCUAUAUGCUUCAGUAUAUCAGUGAUUCGCAACCGGUGUGCCUUGUCACAUUAAUGUCGUGACAGAUUAAGUGUGCUGCGGUAAUUAUCCGAUUUAAAUGAAUUGGUCCAAAAAUUCUUUACCACAAGUCCUCUAUUUUUGUGAAUCUCUCUAUGCCGGCAAUGUAUCGUGACAGAAAGAAAAAUGUCCCAAUUACAUUUCAACCAAAUGGCAGAAGGUACAAUAACCCUGUGCAUCUGCCUGUUGCCAUUCAGACAACAGAAUAAGUCGUCACUUCCUUGGUUUGACAGAUAAGUUCCGGGACUGUUGUCACAAAAGUUUUAAACGUUUUAAACCCAAACUACGAGGUCUCCCUGCCACAUGGACCAGAGGAUCAACCGGCACGUCGACAAAGAGAUGCUGCAGCGUUUGCUUGGUUUAGCGUGAGAGUUGCGGCAGGACAACUCGUGGCAAUGCCCUGAGCAUCUGACAGUUCCUGACUGAGAAGAACAUUGGUGUGCUGGAGCAAUCUCCCUAUCACCUGACCUGGCUGCGUGUGAUUUCCUCUCUCCAAGCUCAAGGGAGUUAACAAGGGGAACCGUGAAGAUGUGGAUGACAUGAAGAAGGCCGAGAUGACAGGAAGGUCCCGGAAGAAUCCUUCCAGGAGUACAUGAAGGCGUGGCAGAGAAGGCUGGGAAAGUGUGUCAGACUCCAAUGGGAUGACUUCAGAGAGGAAAACUUGGAGUUUGUAGUUUGGAUUGCUAUUUCAUUACGCCAGUCCUGGAACUUUCAGACACACCUUGUAUAUCAGCUUUGUGUCAACAAGACAGGCCGCAGAUUUCACACCAAGUACAUUUGUGAGUGCAUCAUUAUUUCAUUAUAAAUUCUUUCUGUGUCAUUUUUGUUCGGCGUGAUGUGAGAUUUGUCUUUUGUCAAAGAUAUGCACCGACUCAAUAAAGGCCGGCAAACCCCGCACUAUAUGACAAGGAGCAUUCGCUGUAGUUGUUCUUAACCUUUUCUGUUUCUCGCACCAUAAGACACUCUAUGUUCUUGGAUCUCCCAAGGAAUAUCUCAUUUGUGGAUGCUGAAUGCCAUUCAAGUUUUCAUAACUCAAAGUCACAUCUUCAAUUUGAUUAUUUCAUCUCUCCCUUGGUCUGAAAAUCGACGUCAAUCUCCAUAGCAUAAUCUGUGAGAAAAGCAUGAAACCAUCCAUCUGACCUGCAACAGUUUGACUCUUAUCAUUUUCCCCGCUGCAACUAACGUAUUGUGUACGGAUGUUUUCCCACUUGGGCUGUGGGUGUUUUUGUGUGUUUUAGAUUCUACUGGGAUCUGACUAUGCUGCUUCUGAUGGUGGGAAACCUCAUCAUCAUCCCUGUGGGCAUCACCUUCUUCAAGGACGAGCACACGCCGCCCUGGAUUGUCUUCAACGUGGUCUCGGACACCUUCUUCCUUAUGGACCUGGUCCUCAACUUUCGCACCGGCAUCGUCAAAGAGGACAACACAGAGAUCGUCCUGGACCCGCAGAAGAUCAAGAUCAAGUACCUGAAGAGCUGGUUUGUGGUGGAUUUCAUCUCUUCAAUACCUGUGGACUACAUCUUUCUCAUUGUAGAGACUCGCAUUGACUCAGAUUUUUACAAGACGGCCAGAGCCCUGAGGAUUGUGCGCUUCACCAAAAUCCUCAGUCUCCUGCGGCUGCUACGGCUCUCCAGACUCAUCCGCUACAUCCACCAGUGGGAGGAGGUUUUCCAUAUGACCUAUGACCUGGCCAGUGCCAUGGUGCGUAUUAUGAACCUGAUUGGUAUGAUGCUGCUUCUGUGUCACUGGGACGGCUGUCUGCAGUUUCUGGUUCCCAUGCUGCAGGACUUCCCUCCCGAUUGUUGGGUCACUCGAAACAAGAUGGUGAAUGACACGUGGGGUCAGCAAUAUUCUUACGCCCUCUUCAAAGCCAUGAGCCACAUGCUGUGCAUCGGCUACGGGCUGUACCCGCCAAUAGGGAUGGCCGACGUGUGGCUCACCAUCCUCAGCAUGAUUGUGGGCGCAACGUGCUUUGCCAUGUUUGUGGGGCACGCCACUGCCCUCAUUCAGUCUCUGGACUCCUCCAGGAGGCAGUACCAAGAAAAGUACAAACAGGUGGAGCAGUACAUGUCCUUCCACAAACUCCCCGCCGACAUGCGGCAGAGAAUCCACGAUUACUACGAGCACCGCUACCAGGGCAAGAUGUUUGAUGAGGAGAGCAUUUUGGAGGAGCUGAACGAACCACUGCGAGAGGAGAUCAUCAACUUUAACUGCCGUAAGCUUGUGGCCUCCAUGCCUCUGUUUGCCAACGCCGAUCCCAACUUCGUCACGUCCAUGCUGACCAAACUGCGCUUCGAGGUCUUCCAGCCGGGUGACUACAUCAUCAGAGAGGGAACCAUCGGCAAGAAAAUGUACUUCAUCCAGCACGGGGUCGUCAGCGUCCUGACCAAAAACAGCCAAGACACCAAGCUGUCAGAUGGCUCUUAUUUCGGAGAGAUUUGCCUCCUGACCCGAGGCAGAAGGACCGCUAGUGUGCGAGCAGAGAACUACUGCCGCCUCUACUCUCUGUCAGUGGACAACUUCAACGAGGUGCUGGAGGAGUAUCCCAUGAUGAGAAGAGCCUUUGAGACAGUGGCCCUCGACCGGCUAGACCGCAUCGGGAAGAGGAACUCCGUUCUUCGGCAUAAAGUCCAACAUCACCAAAGUUCUGGCACAUUAAAUCUCCAUGAGAGUGAGAUCAUCCAAAGAAUAGUGCAGCAUGACCGCGACAUGGCCCAGUGCACGCGACUGAUCCAGACCAGCAACGCGCAGAUCUUAAACAUCCCACCUGCUCCCUCAUCACCCACCCCGGUCAUCUGGGCCCCUCUUGUUCAGGCUCCGCUCCAGGCCGCUGCAGCCACUACGCCGCUGGCACUGGCAUUAGCUCACCACUCGCAGCUGCCCCCUAUCCUCUUUCAUCAUCCUCUGGUCCCAAGCUCCCUGAAAGACCCCAUCGGCCAACCAAAGAGAGUCCACACUGGGGCGCUCCCAUCUAGCAUCUAUGGGUCAGUGCCCAGUUCUCCUGGGGGUUCAACCAAAUUCCGCACAGAGGUUGAAACUCCCACUCUGGCCUCCAUCAGAGCACCAUAUCCCUUGCCUACGCUGACGUCCCAGCCCAUCUUCACCAGCAGUCUGCAGCCCCUGGCCCCACCCACUCAGCUGGCCCACAAUCCUCCUCACUCUGGCAUGGCCUCAGUCUUCCCCGUCAGCCAGGCAGCCGUUUCCUAUACUUGCGCCGCUCAGCUCCACCCGCAGCCAUACCACGGCGCGAUGACCACCCCGGCCCAUCCGUUCAGUUUGCUCCAACAGGCGGAGACGGCGAGGCUGGCGGGGAGAUUCCCGGCACCCUCCUCUUGUGCCAUAAAUCCCCUAAUCUCCAGCUCUGUCAACCCGAUUCUAAACCAGCUACAGCAGAGCUCUCACGCCAUCACGCAGCAGAUGGGGUCCUGUCAUGGCAGCGCAGGCAAGAUCGCCAGCAGUCUGAACUUCCCACAGUUUCCCAUCAUCACCGGCACACAGUCCUCCAGUAGAGCAUCUGCGGGCGGAGUCGGGGCCGCAGCAUCUCUUGCGCAGCACAGCCUGGCUGGCCUCCAUUCGAUUUUCCUGCCACAGGUUCUUCCCGAGCAGUCCGCCCUUGGUUCCCUGAUGCAGUACGGUUCCCCGGAAGCCUCACCUUGCUACACGCCUCCUCUCCACAGCCCCAGCUUACAAAGUCCUGUGAGGGGAAGGACAGUUUACCAAAGCGAGCCCCCCAGGCCCAAGGACUCUCACAAUCCCCUUACUGUUCAGACCUCGUGCCCGGCUAGGGUGGCAUGCACCAUCAGGGAGAGCAGCGAGUCACCAGCCGAGCUCUUUACACAGCAAAUAAAGACCAUCUCAGGCUCUUACAGCUCUUUACACCACAUACAAGACAGACUUUUCACCUCAGAGGAGGAAACAAGUCCCUUCUCCUUCCCUGUCGCAGCCAGUAAACCCCAGGUCACGAUUCCAGGUCACACCAGUGCUGUCACCUGGACGUAUUCAGGACUCGAACCUCAGAACCAGUUUCUCGCUGUGAACUCCAAAAUGUUAGAGAGCCAACCCAACCAGGCUAAACUUCCCUCCAGUUUGUGAGGCUGAGACAUGCCCUCCUUUCAUGAAUACAACUGAAUACUCUCUUCCUUGGCAUCCCUUUUUACCCCUACUUUGCGCCUUUAAACGUAGGAGGAUGCGUGAUUCUUAAUUGAUUGGAACAUUUUUACCACAGAGUGUAUGGAUUACAGGUAUGGACAAUUUCAUCCAUUUUCAACACCGCUAAUCCUGGUUAGGGUCGCGGGGCGCCGGAGCCUAUUCCAGCUGACUUCGGGCGAAAGCGGACUACACCCUGAACUGGUCGCCAGUCAGUCGCAGGGCACAUAUAGACACGGACAACCAUUUGCACUCACAUCGUCACUGAGUGGGACCUGAACCAAAGUCAGGCGAGUGUACCACUACUAUGGACAAUUUCUAUAGCAUAUUUCUCCUUUGAAAAUAGUAAUAAAAGUCGCUUGGGUGGGUAUAACACACUUCAUGAAUAUAUAAAUUCAUGAAGUUAUCUCUUACACAAGAAUAUACACAAAAUGUGAUUAUUUCAGCUGUUUAACCGUGUAUUCCUAGCAACCUUUUGUCUUCCUUUCAGGUGUGAUGAAACCAAAAAACGUUUUGUCCCCUCUUCUCAGCUAAAAAUGCAAAGUUACACUAAAGAAGACUUGAGGGCCUCUGGUGCAUUUUGGUUGUUUUCAAACCACAUAAAACGUUGGCAUCGUCAGCAGUAGACAUGGGCCGGUUACCAGUUUCAAGGUCAACCGCGGUUUAAAAAAGUCACAGUUUCAAAAAGCACCUAUGAGCUUAUGAGGUGUUGCAAAGCGACACGACCCCUCCCCCUCCCCCUCCUGUUGUUGGUGUGGCCAGUCAGUGAGAGUACUCCAGCUUGAUAAAGGCAUUUAAGAGCACGCCUUUGACAAAUUCAAGAUAACGUUAAUAUAUAACUAUGAAUGUGUCUUGAAUUGAACGUUUCCAACCAGCUACAAGAGUUAGUAUUUCUACAAUGGGUAAAAUAAAUAUUGGUACUAUAGACUUGCUACCGAGGCAGAUAACCAGGUAACAAGCAUGGCUAACAUCAGUUUGUUUUUGUUGUAAUGUGACUUCUCCAAGCAGAAAAGAUUAGAGAAGUAGCUUUUUCUGAAAAAUAAGAGCUUUUACUGUUGCAUUAUUUGGAUUUUAGUUAUAAUUUAAAAAAAAGCUGUUGUACCUACAGCGUGCAUUCAAUGGAAAAAAGUUGAUCUAACCCAAUUAUUUCAAAACAUUACAUUUUAGAGCUGUAAUUGCAACACUUGGAAACCGUGACAUUUUUGCUCACAGUUAUCAGGACGUCGGAAUCUGAUAACGGCCCAAGCCUAGCCAGCAGAAAGUCAAACGUUUUUCACAGUGGAUGUUGUACUUCACCAAGGAUUUGUGGAAUUCACAUAAAGAAUUUCUAGGCAAAUAUAAGGGGUAUGCAAUGUCCAGAUUGGUGAGCAGAUGGUUUCACCUCUGCUAUUUGCGGAUGAUGUCUGACCUUCAGGGUUUUCUGGGAAAGUUUUCAAACAAGAUGAGACUUGAUACCUCCAAACUGGAGGCCAUGGUACUCAGUCGUAAAAGGCUGGAUUUCUGCCUGUGAAUUGGGAGAAAGGUCCUGCCUCAGAUGGAGGAGGUCAAAGUCUUGUUCAUGUGAGAGAACAAGAUGGUUCCUGAGAUCGAUAGGCCAACAGAUUGAGGAUGCAGUCUAUGUACCAAACUGUCAUGGUAAGGAGGGAGUUGAGCCAACAGGCGAAUCUCUCAAUUUGCCUGUCCAUCUACGUUUCCCCCCUAACCUAUGGUCACGAGCUUUGGGUAGUGACUGAAACGAGUAGAUUGCACGUAAAAAAGGCUAAAAUGAUUUUCCUGCGCAGUGUAUCCAGGCAGUAUCAGGGGGAGCAGUGUGUUUUAUGUCCUGGCCGUGGAACAGUGGACUAGCUCUGCACCAUCAGCAGGGUUCUGGAGGGUGUAUUGAAGUUCGCCCAACCAGUUUACAUGUGCUUUGUGGACUUGGAGAAGGUGUUCGAUCUUGUCCCUCUGGGAUUCCUGUGGAGGGUGGUCUGGGAGUAUGAGGCACCGGACCGCCUAAUACGGACUGUUCGGUCCCUGUACGACCGGUGUCAGCGUUUGGUCCACUUUGUCUGCAGCACUGUAAGUCAGAUUUGUUUCCAGUGAGGGAUGGACAUCGAUUCUGUUCAGAUGAUGUGGUUCUGUUGGCUCUGUCAAGCUGCCAUCUUCAAUUAUUUCUGGAGUGGUUCUUAGCUUAGUGUGAAGCAGCUGGGAUGAGAAUCAGCACCUCCAAAUCUGAGACCAUGGUCCUCAGUUGGAAAAGAGUUGCAUGCCCUAUCCGGGUCGGGGAUGAGCUCCUGCCCCAAGUGCAGGAAUUCAAGAAUUCAGAGAGGGUCUUGGUGUAGAGCCACCACUCCUCCACAUCGAACAACUACCUGGGAAUGCCAUUGUCCUCCUUAGGUGGAGCUAGGAGAGGUGGCCAAAGAUAGGUAAGUCUGAGAAUCUCUGUUUAGACUGUUGCCCUCGCAAAGAAAUUGGAUGAAAGCGGUUUCUCUCGUUUCAAGUCUGUACGUCUUCCAAGUUGCUUCAGCAAUAUUGCACAGCUGAACGGGGCACACAAAUCCGAUCAUAUUUGUAAAACUAGCGAAUGUAAUGUUUGUCUACCUGGGUGGACCAUGUAGAUCAUCGGGAAGAUUAUCCUGUGUGAAAGAGGCAGCGUGGCUCUCACGUCCCUGUUCUAUUGCAACCUUUCUGAGGACAGCUUAGCCAUGCUUUUUGUAAAACCACUCUGUCUUUUAUGGCCAUGAGCAAGUACUGUGAAUCAAAGCACUUGAGUCAGAUUGUGUUAAUUGUUUAGUAUGGAUUAAAGGCAACGAAAUCAAUGGUACAUUGGAGGAACGACAUGGUGAAAUGUGAAUGUUUCUUGCACCACUCAAAGGGCUAAAAGCAAUUACUUGGAUGUAAUAAACAAGAAACCCCCGAAGGGUCACAUUGCUGCACAUUUACAUCUCAUUUUGAAUCAAUACUGACCGAAUCCUUCAUGUUGAUGAGUCGCACCUUGCCGUUAAAGAAUCACAAUCCAUCGUAUCUUGGCGUCAUUUAGCUACAUGGUUUGUGGAUCUUGAGGAUGAGUUCUGCUGCGACCGAGUGAUGUUUUGGGUCACCAAGCUGCCUCCGCCGGUGGCCUCGAUCAAUCCCUCAUUACUAUUCUGCUCCAAGCCCGCAGCACCAGAGGCAUCAGUCCAGCUUGACUAGAAGGUAACUGUGGGUGCAAGGUGUGUGUUUUCAUAGGAAGGACAGUCAUCUAUUUCUAUAUAUAAUCAUUGUUCUUUUUGAUGCCUUUGAAAUCUGAGAAUUCUGUCUCCUAUGUACAGUAUGUGAGCUAUAUUUUAAUAUAUUAGGUAUGGAAUUCAGUGCAAUAAAUGAUUAUCUGCUCAAUAA